GUGGAAUUGAUGGAACAUUAAGGACGUCCUACGCCAAUGAAGUUGAUCACCCAGGAAAUUGCGUUCCCUCGUUCUUCUGCGGGGGAAAAUGGCAGCUGUUGACAUCGACAUGCCUAUGGAAACUGAGGUAGAAAUCCUAAACGAAGAGGAUAUGGAGCGUGAAGCAGAAGGCUUCAAGGAACAGGGAAAUGCUUUCUAUGUCAAGAAGGAUUACUCUGAGGCAUUCAACUACUACACCAAGGCCAUCGAUGCAUGUCCCAAGAAUGCGAGUUACUAUGGAAACAGGGCAGCCACCCUCAUGAUGUUGUGCCGUUUUCGAGAAGCUCUCGAGGACUCACAGCAGGCAGUGCGUCUUGAUGACUGCUUCAUGAAGGGCCAUCUGCGAGAGGGGAAGUGCCACCUGUCACUCGGAAACGCCAUGGCAGCCAGCCGCUGCUUUCAGAAGGUUCUGGAACUCGAGCCCAGCAACGGCCAGGCGCGUCAGGAGCAUAAAAACGCAUCUUCAGUCCUGGAAUAUGAGCGGAUGGCCGACUUUGGAUUUGAAAAGAGGGAUUUUAGAAAGGUGGUAUAUUGUAUGGACAGGGCCCUGGUUUUGGCCCCUGCUUGUCAUCGCUUCAAAAUUCUCAAAGCAGAGUGCCUGGCUCUUCUAGGCCGCUACCCUGAAGCCCAGUCUGUGGCCAGUGAUAUCUUGCGCAUGGACUCCACCAAUGGAGAUGCACUGUACGUACGUGGUCUUUGUCUGUACUACGAGGACUGCAUCGAUAAAGCUGUGCAGUUUUUCGUUCAGGCUCUUCGUAUGGCUCCAGACCACGAGAAAGCUCGUCUCGCCUGCAGAAAUGCCAAAGCUCUUAAAGCCAAGAAAGAAGAGGGCAACAAAGCUUUUAAGGAGUGUAGCUACGAAGCAGCGUACAAGCUCUACACGGAGGCCCUGACAAUAGACCCCAACAACAUCAAAACCAAUGCCAAGCUCUACUGCAACAGAGGCACUGUGGGAGCCAAGCUGAAGAAUCCAGAUCAAGCCAUCGAAGACUGCACAAGUGCAAUAAAACUGGAUGACACUUACAUAAAGGCCUAUUUGAGACGAUCCCAGUGUUAUAUGGACACUGAACAGUAUGAAGAAGCUGUGCGGGACUAUGAAAAAGUUUACCAGACAGAGAAGACAAAAGAACACAAGCACCUACUGAAGACCGCUCAGUUAGAGCUGAAGAAGAGCAAGCGGAAAGAUUACUACAAGGUGCUGGGGGUGGGUAAGCAGGCAACUGAGGAUGAAAUCAAGAAGGCCUACAGAAAACGGGCCCUCAUGCAUCACCCAGACCGUCACAGUGCAGCCACCCCUGAGGUGCAGAAGGAAGAGGAGAAGAAGUUCAAGGAGGUGGGUGAGGCCUUCACAGUGCUCUCCGACCCCAAGAAGAAGAUGCGCUACGACAGCGGACAUGACCUGGAAGACGAGGGCUGCGGAGGGGGAGAUUUCGAUGCCAACAACAUUUUCAGAGCCUUCUUUGGUGGCCAAGGGGGAGGAUUUAAUUAUGAAUCCAGUCAAAAUUCCGCACCUGGAAACUUCUUUUUCCAGUUUGGUUAAGAGUGAAGAGGAUACUUCCAAGGAAUGCUGCAUCCCUCUGGUGGACAAAUUAAGUUGGACGCACGCUCGCAACCUGAUUUUUAUACUUCAAAUAUUUUGCAAACAAAUCUCUUUCACAUGCUUAAGACACUCUGAGUUGAUAGCAGAAAGAGAGAUGUUACCCCCUAUGCUUAGAAUUAUCCUACACAAACACAGUUUACAAAUAACUAUUCAAAUUAAAACCAGCAGUCACUGCAGGGCAACUGGUUUUUAUCAACAAAGGUUAUUAACUGUUGUUUAAUUAUAAACUGACAAAGGGGUUUUUAAGAGGUUUAAGAACUCAAAUCCUCAGGAAAUUUGCUUAGUAUCUUUUUUUUCGCAAUUAACACAAAUGCAUGUCUUCUACAGGUGAAAUGAGUACAGUAUUGCCAAAUUCACAGCUCUUCAUAUAAUAUAGAUAAAUAAUUUGUGCUGUACCUUGAAUAUGUUUCAUAAGUAAAUACAUUGUUUAUUAAAUUCAUUAAUUGGGAGUUAAGGCCUCUAAAUCUUCAUAAGUAGUUUAUUGAAUAUGAUGCAUUCAUUUAACAAACAUUAGGCAGAUUAGGAUCUUUGAUCAGCUGGCUCGGUCCAAACCCCUGUGUAAAGUGAAAAUGGCGCUCUGCAGCAUUUGAGGGAAACCUUGUUUAUGAUCAGUUACUUUUGUUUAGUUUUUUCUUUCACUCCUGCAGACUGCAGGUACAAACUGCAGGUUCAUUUAUAUACCCUUCUGCACAUCAUCGCAUUCAUACAUUUUACUGGAAUGUAAAGUGUUAAUACAUGUGUUUAUAAUGUUCAGUUUCCCAUAAGUAUAUUUAUUUUUUAUUGUAUAUUCUUAUCCAUCUUAAUUAUAGUGUUGAUUGGUCUCCCCUGUUUUUCAGUACUACCUAGUCAAUAGGCUGUAAACAUUCUUUCCUUACCUACUUCUGCUUUAGUACAUUUUGUCUGUUAUCCUAUAAAAAGGCCAAAAUCUGUGUAUGUGAAGUGUUUAAUUUUUUUUCUCUCAGUUUUGUUGACUACUCUGUGUCCUAUGUGGUUUCCAUGCCAUUAUUGAUGCACCUGCUCUCCACUUCCUCACUUAUCGUCACUGGACAAUAUUACAACUGUCCACUACAGUGGUGCCUUACCUGCAGAACCUGCUGAUGUGGCUCAUAAUCAGCAGGAGAAGGUUGAAAAAUUCCCUCUUGAUGUGCUAAGCGACUUAUGAUUCCUUGCAAUGUGCAGUUUGAACUAAGAUCUGGCAAGCUGUUAUCUAACCACACAUGAGAUGAAGGAUAUUGCCUAUUUGUUACUGGCAUGAGCUGGUGUUUGUUCUAAAGAAGAAAAAAAUAUAACAACCAGUUAAAGGGUGUCUAAAUUUGCAAGUGGAUACUUGACAAGCAAGGUCCUCUUUUGUUAAGUCUUGGAGAUUAUCAUCACGCCAUGUACCUGUCAUGCACCUGUCAUGCAUGUUUGGUCAGUAUAUUCUCACUGUCAAGCUGCCGGAUAGUACGUUGAAAAACGUUUGAUACAUUGUACAUUGUCAUGGUCCUAGUACCCGUGUACCAUUUUUAAAAUGAAUAUGCCACUGUAAUAGGCCUACAGUGUUUUGGUAAUAGGAAAAUAAAGAUUCGUCUUUUACUCUGUAAACAUUUA